AUGCCCAAAACCCUCCUCCUCCUCGGCCUAGGCAAAUACGCCCCGACCUCCCCACCGCCACCAUCCACCACAACAACAACCGACUCCAAUCUCACCCCCUCAACCAUCAAAGCCGCCGUCGCCUCCCAAACCUCCACCCUCUCCUCUCUCGGCUUCACCUGCACCAAACUCGACCUCAACCCCUCCGACCCGAACGACUCCCUCCUCCGCCUCAAACAACUCCUAACAAGCCAACCGGGCUGGGACGGCAUCGUGAUCGGCUUCGGGUUGAGAGGGAACGUAGAGUUGACGGAGUUGUUUGAGAAAGUCGUGAAUUUGAGCAGGGGAGGGGGUGAGGUUUGGGUUUAG